CAUUCGCAUUAGUUUAAUGACGACGUGCAGCGGCCGUAAAGAUAUAAAAUAUACAAAGCGUAACGACAUUUUGCAUUAAGAUAAUAUCUAAAACUCACGAGUCACGGAUGAAUUAUGUGAACGCAAUGUAAAAUUCGAUACGCGAUAUUUUUUGUGCGUUAGUAUUGCUACGUAAGGCAAACGUAUAAAAUAGAUUGUACAUUUUUAUUUUGAUUUAAUUAUAUUAAUGUUAUUUAUUUUAUUCUUGUUUAAAAUAUAUUUUGCAUAAAUAUAUUUUUUCGUGUAUUUGUGUACAUUCAACGAAAUAGGAAAAUAAAUACAGAAGAACAAAAAAUAAAAACGCGAUUUAAAUCAAGAUCUUAUCUGAGAUUUGAUGACACACUUCUCUUUUCUUAUUCAAUACAAAAAUUAAUCAGAUCAUAAUAAAUAUUCUUUUUCCUUCAAUACUGAUGACAGAUGACAUAUGUUAUGUGUCAACGGAUAAUAAAAAUUUCUAAUUCCGCCACCCAAUAAAUAACAAUCCAGCAAAUCCUUUGUAAGGCAUUAACAGUGCAUCCAUAUAAGACUAUUACAUCUGGUUACAUCGUGGACUUUUUUCAACGUCUGAGACAAUGAAUGGUGUGAUUUGGAAUAAAAUGCUGAAGACAUUCGUGCCAAUUUCCAGCGUGCCGAGUUAUGCUAUGAUGCAACAAGAACGCCUCAGACAGAGUCGAGCAAUCGAGACCCACAAUUUUCAACUACAAAAUUUGACUUUAACAUCUAUCCAGGAGCCUCAUUUUUUUCAGUUUUAUGAUAAUAAUACAAAAGUUACAGGACUCUGCGGAGAAAUGUGGAAUCUACUUUCCGAAUCUCUGAAUUUUACAUUGCAGCCAGUGAGAGCAAACGUAGACGGUUUGGGCAAAUCCGUUUUAACAGAAAACAAUGAAUUCUUGACUUACGAAGGAUUAUUAGGUAUUAUUUUUCGCAACGAAACCAUCGCCAUACCAAAGCUAGAAAUGUAUCCAGCGCGACUUGCGGCUGCCGAUUUUACAAUACCUUUUUGGAUGGAUAGAUAUCAGUUAUACAUUCGUCCAGAAAUAGUAAAUGAAAAUAUAUGGAUGGUAAAAGUAUUCUCUUUGAAUGUAUGGUGCAUUAUAUUGAUUAUGUAUAUACUACUGAGUUUAUGCACUUUUUUGAUACAAAAUAUUUUUAGACAAAAUAAAGAUAAAUAUAAAAAUGUGUCUUUUGGCGAGCAUUUAUUUUAUAACUUUGGAAAUAUUUGUAAUCAAGGUAGGUAUAAAUGA